CAGGAGGUGUGAAUAGGUGUUGAAUGAAUGUUAGCGUGUUGAGCACAGUCUAAUUAAAAGUUUGGUAGUCAGCAAGACUAAGACACAACGCAGUCGGUAUAAUGGGUCGACCGGGCAGGUCUGCGAGGCAACGGGGAAGACGGACAUAGUGUAGAGAAUGUUUUUCGUCCGAUCCAGGUUGCUACCUUCGUGAUUGAGUUCUGGAGAUUAUGACGGGCAUUCAUGCGGCCAGUGACAGUCAAUGGGAUACUAAUCUUUGUAUUGGUGUAUUGUAGUAAAAUGAGGUCCAGUGUUGGAAAUAUUGGAACCGUCAUGUUGUUUGAUUCGUGCUGAAUAUCCCCAUCUUGCGUCGAUAUUUAUUAAUGGAGUGUCGCGAUUUGGAGGAAUCUAAACAACAUUGUAAACCAAAGCAAUUUAAUCGUCUUCAAGAUGUCUCUCACGAGCUUCAAAAGGAGGUGGAUUGAGAAAUGGUGUGAAGAGGUCCAUCACCACCUUCGUGAAGGGAGCAUGUGUAGCAAUGUGAUCGGAUACCCGUCAGAGGAAACAGGUGGGUUUAGUUUUCAAGGGAUGCUCAAAUCGUCUGUCCCUCUCAGAGGAGAGGAUGUGAAAUAUCAUCAAAAUUCAGAUUGCACGAUGGACACGAGUUCUGCCCUGGUUGAUAAAGUUUCAUAUCAGUCGCCUUUACCUGUUGUCAAAUUUUCCUAUAGCCAUUACCAAGACCAACGCAAGAAAGUAGAACGGCUUGUUCAUGGUCUACCUGUGCUGUCACAGUCAACCACCCAGUUGGACAGAGCGUCGAAAACAGGGGACAAUAAUAUGCCAUUUAUCGUUGUUCAUGGUGAAGAACAUUUAAAGACGAGACGAGAGCGGGACGAGAGUUUGGAAAGAGGGAAAGUGACAUCUGCCCCCGCUUCUUUAACUGCGCAAAGGCUUGCGCAAGAACUCAAAAAAUCAAAUCAUGAUUUGACCAGUGGGGGCAUUCGUGUGAAUAUUAUGAAUGGCGAUCAAGCGAACCGAAUUAAAACUGCUCCUGCUUUUAAUAAAUCAAAUGUGAGUAAAGCUAGAAGAUUAUUAGCCAAACGGAAUCAAAAUGGGAGAAAGAUAGAUGGACAGCCAUAUUCACCGAUAGAGAAUUGCUGGACAAUGACGGAAAUGACGUGGACAUGAUCAUGCGCAAUAAGGUAGCGAAACACUUUCCGGUCUCAGUUACGAAUGUGAGAAGAAACGAAAUGGGAAAUUUACUGUGUUGUGGUUCCAGUAAUACACGGGUAUGUCCGUUCGUGAGAGGAAUUCGUAUUGUCUGUGAUGAGCGUGCACGCCUCAUUGUCUUGCUAUUUUACUGUUACCCACUGACAUGACCAUGCGCAGUAUGGUAGACAAACAGUUUCCGGUCUCUCAGUUUCGAAUACGAGGAGAGACGAAAUUUGGAAUUUUACUGUGUUAUGGUUCCAAUAAUACACGGGUAUGUCCGGUUGUGAGAGGAAUUCUCAUUUGUCUGUGAUAAACAUGGAUGACGCGUUGUCUUGUUAUGUUUUAAUGUUUACCACAAAGACACUUACUGUGAUGACAUAGUUAUUAAAAUCAGUCAGAAUUAA